AGGAGGACGCAGAUUUUGAUUUCCUGGGCGAUGCUUGUGACAACAAUAACGACAGGUAAAUCUGUGUUGUGAAUUAGUAGCUUAAUUAGGUUCAGUAAAAAUUUAUAUAUGCAUGCCAAUGUUAUGACCAAAAAAUAUGUAUAUAAAGUAAACUGGAACAUUUGAAUAACAGGAAAUACGAACGUUAUUAACCAAAAACAGGAACUUUUAACAUUUUAGUAAAUAAGACGGAAUGUAUGUACGUAAGGGAAGUUUGUGGGUUGACUUGUGGUCAACCAAGCGAGGAAGAUGUGAAAAUGUGCGUCACACAUUGAACUUACUUCCUCUGGGAAAAAGUUCCCACAGUAUGAAAAGUCAGAGAGUAUAAUAUAUAUACGAGUGAGAUUGUCGAAAGAAGGAGUUGAGUGGCGAAUGAGUUGUGAAUGUGUUGAAAUGAAUUGUGAAAGAUUGUGAAAGAGUGCGAAAGUUUGUAUGAGAAAUUGUAGUCAGAGUGUUUGUAUAUCGAUAGCAGUGAUCACUGAUAUGUAAUGAUAAUAGAAUAAAAUUUGUGAAAACCGAAAGCAUACAGUCCCAUUAUAUUCGAGAACCAGCAAAGGAAUAAAUCUCACAAGGAGAAUUUAUAAUUAACAAUCUGAAAUAUGUUAAAAACUGAUAGCUCUAGCUAUCGGUUCUAAACUGUUCUCCUUGGAGAUCCAGUACCGACAAUCUCUAAUAGUUCCAGUUUUACUACUGAAGAAAAUCAGAGCGUCCUUUAAACUAUGACCUGUGAUGUUUGGUAGAAUCAAACUAGGCUUCUCACAUGCAACUAGAAUUCUCUAUUCGUAACCCAAUCCCUAAUACAAUAAAUAUUUUUCUUCUAUUCAGAGACCGAGAUGGUAUUCAGGAUUCUGAGGAUAAUUGCCCUCAUGUAGCAAACGCAGCCCAGUUAGAUAAUGACUCGGACAAGCAAGGUAGAGAUCAAACAGAGAAACAAAUGAAGCGAAUGUUAGGAAGCACGUUGUCCCAUAUAUGUAAUGCUUAUUAUUGUCUAUUUCCAGGUGACUCAUGCGAUCGAGAUGAUGAUAAUGACUUCGUGAUAGAUAUACACGACAACUGUCCUCUCAUUUCCAACCGUUAUCAAAAACUUUCAGCUGGUAAGCGCUAAUUUACUACCUCCUUAAUGGACCAUUUGCAUUAUUGCAUUUACUAAAUUUUGUUCUAGACAAAAAUUCCAUCACAGCUUGAAAGAGCAUCACAAAAUUAGUUAUAUUCCAAAGUUGUUGUAAAAUGCGGAUAAUAUAGCCUUGCGAAGUUUGCUGUUUUUCAGUCAUUUUGUAUUACGCACUGGAAAUUGACAGCCCAAUCGGGUGUUGGGGCAUCAAUUUCCCGCGUUUGUAAUACAAAAUGACUGAAAAUUGCAAAUUUCGCAGGGCUAUAUUAUCCGCAUUUUACAACAUUUCGCAACGAAACUUUGGAAUAUUACUAAUUUUGUGAUGCUCUUUCAAGCUGUGAUGAAAUUUUUGUCUAGACUUGUUUAGAUCAAAAUUUAGUCUAUAAUGCAAAUGGUCCAUUGCUUUCGGUAAGCAACGGGGCAACAUAUAGUUGCCGUUCCAGCUGGGGGACCCAGGUUCUCGGAUAAGGACGUUUAAAAUCGCAGGGACCUCUGAUCCCCUAUCAAUGGACCAUUUGCAUUAUAGACUAAAUUUUGAUCUAGACAAAUAUUUCAUCAGAGCUUGAAAGAGCAUCACAAAAUUAGUAAUAUUCCAAAGUUUCGUUGCGAAAUGUUGUAAAAUGCGGAAAAUACAGCCUUGCAAAGUUUGCAAUUUUCAGUCAUUUUAGAUUACAAACGGGAAAUUGAUGCGCCAACACCCGAUUGGGCUGUCAAUUUCGCGUGCGUAAUACAAAAUGACUGAAAAACGGCAAACUUCGCAUGGCUAUAUUAUCCUCAUUUUACAACAUUUCCCAACGAAACUUUGGAAUAUUACUAAUUUUGUGAUGCUCUUUCAAGCUGUGAUGAAAUUUUUGUCUAGAUUAAAAUUUAGUCUAUAAUGCAAAUGGUCCAUUGGCAAUAGCCUGAAAUCCACUCAACAAUGAGUGACAAACUCAACAAACAAUAAACAAUAAACAAUAAACAAUAAACAAUAAACAAUAAACAAAAUCAAUGUCCACCAGUAUAUUGCCAAAUAUACAAGACUGCUAUAUAUAUAUAUAUAUUGAAAAGAACAAACAUUAUUUUCUUUCUCUGAUAAUGCAGGUUGACCACUAUCUGCUGCACGAUAGUGCUUUAUAAAACCCACCUACUCGGAGGGAAUAAAAGAAAGGAACUUGGCAGUUUUGAAAAUUUAGUUCAAACUUAUUUUUACGAAUCUGUCUUGUAGCUCACGGGCGUGGAGAAGAAUGCAAACACGAUUUCGAUGGAGACGAAGUCAAGGACAAAAAUGACGCAUGCCCGAGGGACGCCACCAUGACAGCUGUAGACUUUGGAAAACAUGUUAUUUUCCGACCGGAUGGUGAACCGACGCAAGCGUUCUGGAGAGUUCAAGGCCAAGGACGUGAAGUGCGCAAGCAACAGAAUAACAACUCUAUUUUGAUUGGUUAGUAUGUUAAACGCAAGAACUCCCUUUACAAAUGCCAGACUGCCUUUUCAAAUGGCAGAAGUACCUUCUCAAACGCCAGAACUCCGUUUCCAAACGCCAAGACUCCCUUUACAAAUGCCAGAACUCCCUUUUCAAAUGGCAAAAGUACCUUCUCAAACGCCAGAACUCCGUUUCCAAACGCCAAGACUCCCUUUACAAAUGCCAGGACUCCCUUUUCAAAUGGCAGAAGUACCUUCUCAAACGCCAGAGCUCCGUUUUCAAACGCCAAGACUCCCUUUGCAAAUGCCAGAACUCCCUUUACAAAUGCCAGAACUUGGAGUUCAAACGCCGGAAUCCCGUCUUCAAAGUAUCGUAUAUCUUUGCGUCCAUUUUAUAACAUAUAUGUACAGUUGAAUUUCCACGUGUGACAGUGUUAGACGAGUAUACGAUGAUAGUUGUAAGUUUUUUUCCUAUCACUACUGCAUGUACAUAUCAGAAGUCUAAUUUGCUUGAAAGGUCGAUGUUUUACUUGUAUUCUUUAGAUACUUGAAUAUCUUCGAGUUUGUACACACUACAUUACAUAUCCACUGUAUCAAAAUCUCUCUCUUAUUUUUAGGCAACAAGGCUUUCGAAUCUGUCGAGUUCAACAGUACGAUCUACGUGGACAGUGAUGCUGGUCAGGGCACAAUUGGUGUUGUAUUUGGAUUUCAAAGUGCGAAAGUGUUCUACAUUGUCAUGUGGAAGAAAGCUUCCCCCAAUAAUGGAUUGGUUAUGAAGGUAUGUGCAAUGCUAAUAUAACUGAAACUUAAAUGCAUGAACACCAUAAUGUGAAUGAAGAUUCUUUUGCUCUGUUUCACCAUGAAGAUGCGCUGGUUUUAUAUUUGAUUUCUCCAUUUUGUUUGUAGGAAGUGAAAUCUACGACAGGGCCAUCUCAGGAUUUAUAUAAUGCAUUACAAAACGCUCAAAGCGUUUCUCGACAGGUAUUUUAUUGGAUAACUAUCAUUUCCAAAUUGUUUUCCCUAAAUGUGCGCAACCCAGCAAGGUACAUAGUAGCGUUUGCCCCCAAACCUCUGGCCCUCGUUUAACCGGUUCAUGCUAAAAAAGUAGAAUCACCGACGAUGUUUUUGUUGUAGGCCAACAUUUUGUGGGAAGACCCUAAGAACUUAGGUUGGGAUCACCGCACAGCUUACAAGUUCGUAUUGACGUUGAAUUCUGCACGGAAAAAUAUCAGGUAAGUGAAACAGUUCGGAUUUUUCUUUGGUGCUUAAAAUAUAUCUGUGUGAAACCAGGCUAUUAACAUUGAUAGGUCUUUUUUCAUCCAUGGUUUUUCUUCACUUUAUUGCCAGCAUUGGAUCAAUGAAAUUAUAGCGUAACAAGUUUGUGAAAUUAUUUAGGGUGAAUGUUUACAAAGGCAGUGACAAUAUAAUCAGCUCUCCCGAACUUUACGCCGGAAUGUAUCGUGGUGGCCGUCUUGGUAUGGUUAGUUUCAAUCAAGGAGAUGUCCUCUGGACUGCUUUGGACGUUAAAUGCCUUCAUUUGUGAGGUAGGUUGAGAGAAACGUCCUUUCAACAGAUAUAAUUGAAAUGUUUGGUUACCUAGUUUGUUCCAUUCUAUGCUUACAUUAUCAGAACAGUGGUAACUAAGCAUGCGAGUUAUCCCACCAUAUAUAAUUUAAAUGCUUGGUUACCUUUGUUCCAUUCUAUGCUUACAUUAUCAGAACAGUGGUAACUAGGCAUGUGAGUUAUCCCACACAAUUCACUCACAUAUAUAAUUUAAAUGCUUGGUUAUCUUUGUUCCAUUCUAUGCUUACAUUAUCAGAACAGUGGUAACCAGGCAUGUGAGUUAUCCCACCCAAUUCACUCACAUAUAUAAUUUAAAUGCUUGGUUACCUUUGUACCAUUCUAUGCUUACAUUAUCAGAACAGUGGUAACUAGACAUGUAAGUUAUCCCAUCACAUAUAUAAUUUAAAUGCUUGGUGGUUUUAUAUCUAUAGGAUCCUUACACGCGUUUUAUGCUAAUUGCAUCUGAAAUAUUCGUUUCCUAAUUUUCCUUCCCUGUUUAGAAAGAGUUGUGAAUGCUUCAAAAGAUAUAACAGUGUACUGGAAAUUAUCCAAAGAUGGAUGCGACCUGAAUAUGAUGAAAAAGAUAUAAAAGAUGAAUCCUUCAAGUUCAUCUCGUCAUUUUAAUAAAUUUCAAUAACAUACAGUAUAUAUGAUAAUAUACCCUAGUUAUGAACCAAUUGCCUUAAAAGGCGUGUAACUGGCUGAACGAGGGACGGACAAUAUAGAAAAUAAUUAGGAAGGCCACGGGCGAAAAGUUCCGGAGAAGAGCAGCACAACGCAAAAGGCUAGUAUAUAAAUUAUACAAAUAUUAUGAAUGUUGUAAUGUAUAUAUCGAACAAGAUGUGUUUUAUAAUAU